AUGUCCGACGCGCCUGCACCCGUUGCAGAGGGAAGCGCAUCUCGCCCGAGGCCAUCGAGACGUGGAGGCCGAGGUCGUGGCAAUCGCAGUCAUCGACGGCCUCAGACGCAAACUACAGAACGCUCUCAUGAUGCACAACCGCCAACUCAGCCGCCAUCACAAAUUCAAUCUACCCAGAAUCCACCCUCAGACCCUUCCGCUGAUGCACCACGCUCUCGCAGAGGACCACGGAGGGGAAGAGGGGGAGGUCGGGGUGGCGGCGCACCCUCGGAGGGCAGCAGUCGUCGACAAAGACAACGAGGCGGAGAUCGAGGGACAACCAGUACGGGCAGACGGUUCGAGGGGCGCUUAACGAAAGCAGAGCAGGCUCCGGAGGACGAACAGAUUGAUGCAACAGUGGAUACGAAUGAUCUAGGAUUGAGGGCCGACGCGCCUGCAUUUGUGCCAGGAACCCAGCCAGAACAUGUCGCGAACAAGGCAACUCCCUCGACUACUGCACCUGCAAAGAAGAAGCCUAAAGCUAAGAAUGCCCCGCCUCCGCCGCCCAAAGUUACGACAAAAUCAGUAGCGCCCGACAUCGCCACUCGCAUUCACGAGGAUAUUGCUCACAACCUUUAUGAGUUUGUGUCAAGAAAUGGUCGAAGAACGAAGGUGCUGCUGCGCAGGACGCUGCUCGUCGCCAGGGAGAAGGAGACCCCACUACCCCCCGAGCCUGGCGCUGUCCUGGCUGUAACCUUCCCCAAGAAGUAUUUCCAUCAAACUACACUUGCUGGUGUGAGAAAGAAGUUGACCCGCGGUCGCUUCCCGGCCUUCCACCUCAUUCAUGCGGACAGACCUGUGCACGGCAGCGGAAAGGCUGUCCGCACCCGUGCGAUACGACCUGUCAUGCUGGACCCUGCGCGCCAUGUACAGCUAUGGGCCCUACUCAAGAUUGCUUUUGCGGCAGGAAUUCGUCCACCAAGCGUUGUCAGGAUACCGAUUAUGAAAAUGGAUGGAGCUGCGGGGAAAUCUGUGGGGAUCUUCUGCCGUGCGGCGAGCAUACUUGCCCUCGACCCUGCCACGAGGGUCUCUGUGACGGAAAUGCUGUGCAGUUCCAAAGAUGAGGAAAUGGACAGCCAAAUGCUGCGCGAUGAGGACGGUGAGGAGAGUCAUGUUGAGGAGUGGACUGAGUGCCCGUGCCGUGCCGUUGCGGACGCAACUCUUUUAUGUCCAUUUGCCACCAAGGUACUCUUGAGCACCCUCAGUGUUUCCGCGUCUGCAAGGCUGGCUUGCAUUGUGGUCGCCAUGCUUGUGCUGAGCGGUGUUGUCCCGGCGAACAGAAGGCGGUUGAACGUCAGGCUCUGCGGCGGAAGCUCAAGUCUCAUCUUCGCCCAAGUGAUGAAGAUGUGGAGGCCGAACAUAUCUGCACUCGAGUGUGUGGCCAUGUUGAAGAACGUGCCUUGUUGGCUGGCAGAUGCGCGGUGUGGCCGUAUCUGUGGCGAAACGCUUAAAUGUGGCUCUCAUACGUGCAAGAAGAACUGCCAUCGCCCAGGCGAUUGCGAAGAUACUUUGAAGCCUUGCCAACAGCCAUGUGGAAAGACCAAGACAAUGUGCGGUCAUCCAUGCACGGAGCCUUGCCACGCGCCUUAUCCAUGCCCGGAGAAGACGCCCUGUUCCUCCAAGAUCACGGUAACAUGUGGUUGCGGACGACUCCGUCAGGAGCGUCGCUGCAAUGCAGCGAAGGCUGUGGCAUCAAAGGGACAAGUGCAGCAGCCACAAAGACUGCCUGCUGUGACACCAUUGACGUGCGAUGAUGAAUGCGCGCGGCUUGAGCGGAACCGUUCGUUGGCAUCUGCUUUGGGGGUUGACAUUAACCCGUCAACAACCGUUGCUCAGAAUUUGACGGCCACGAACCUCCCCUACUCGUCUGAAACCUUGGACAUCGGCCAAUCCAACACAACGUUCUGUACGCUUUCAGCCGGCAAAGUCAUCCCUGCGGGCGUCGUUCAUUCCCUCGCAACUGACUGGGGUUUCGCAAGCGAGAGCUUUGACCCUGAACCUCACCGACACGUGUUUGUUUUGAAACCUACAGUGUGGAACCCUCCUCUUCUUGGGAUGGGCAAUGGAACAGCGAUCGGAAUCGGAGGCAUGAGUGUGAGCGAAUGUGUUAAAUUGCGCGAACGCCAGAGACAGAAAGAACGUGAAGCUCAACGUCUUGCGGCAGCGGAAUCAAAGGCCCAACGGGAAGCCGUUAAGGCCCAGGCAAACGCCGCCAACGAGGGUGGAUGGGCUCAGGUCGCCGCCUCACGACGAAGCAACGCCAGCACCCGGAGUACGACUCCGAAUCCAGGCACGGCUUCCCGGUCUGGCUCGAUGUUUGCAGCUCUCGCCGGCGAUGAUGGCAGCACAUGGGGCGCUCCAAAGAAGGAAAAGCUCGUUCUUCGUUCAGGAGUAGGCGCUGGGAAACAAAUGCGAACCCGACAACCCGCAGCUGAGGUCGUUGAUAGUUGGGAAGAAGAGGAAGAAAAACAAGAGCUGGAGGAGCGUGCUCAGGAGCGGGAGCAGGAGCAGGAGCAGGAACAGGACGAUGGACAAGGAGAUAUUCAGAAAGAAACCACCGAAAUCGAAACAACAGGGACUGGAGAAGCAAUCGCUACUUCUUCGGCGGUCUGA